AUGUCCUCUGUUGCCAGUGUCAGGAAAAGAGCUUCUUCCACCAUGGGUGGUUCUCACAGUCCGGACAAACCGUCUCUUUCUAUUACUACCGUCGAUCAAAAAUCAAUGGCUCCUUUUUUUGUCAGCACUGCCGAUAGAGUGGUUUCUCUAGCUACAAAGGCUUCUGUCACUAUAUUUUGUGCAUUGGUUAUAUACUAUGGCAUCAUCAAUCCCUCUGCUGAUUCUACUCUAAAUACUAAAAGAGGACUUGCUGCAGGAGCAUUUGCUGUUUGUCUUGUUGGACUAUUCCAGUUCAAUGACGGACCAUUCAUUCGACCUCAUCCUGCAUUCUGGAAGUUGGUGCUGGCAGUCGGUGUUUGUUACCAGAUUGCUUUGCUCUUUUUACUCUUCCAGACCAAGGAGAACGCACGAGCACUUUUUAACUACUUUGAUUCGUCACUCGGCAUUCCUCCACCAGAAAAAAGUUAUGCUGAAGACUGUGCAAUUACUUGGGAGAUUAUCUACAAUCAAAUGGAUGUGUUUGUGAUUGCACAUACUAUGGGCUGGUUCUGUAAAGCCUUGGUACUACGUGAUUACUGGCUUUGCUGGAUCGUGUCCAUUAUGUUUGAAGUCAUGGAGUACUCUCUUGAGCAUCAUCUACCAAACUUUGCUGAGUGCUGGUGGGAUCAUUGGGUUUUGGAUGUGCUGAUUACCAACUGGAUUGGAACCUAUUUUGGCAUGAAAGCUUGCGAAUAUUUUGAAGUCAAGCACUACUCGUGGCGAGGAAUCGGUGAAAUCCCCACUAUUAGAGGGAAACUUGCGCGAACAAUGGGUCAGUUUACUCCGUAUAGCUGGGUCAAGUUUGAGUGGCAUUCGACCAAAUCCUUUCGUAACUUUAUUGCAGUUAUUGGCAUACUGUGUCUUGAGCUGCAAUGUGAGCUAAACGCAUUCUACUUGAAGUAUCUGCUUUGGGUUCCCGUGUCACAUCCCAUCAAUUUGUGUCGUCUACUGUUCUUUUUUUUCAUGUGUCUACCCGCUCUACGAGAAGCAUAUCAGUACUUGACAGAUCGCAACUGCAAGACAUUUGGGAUGCAUGCCUGGGUGACUUCGAUAUGCAUUAUUACCGAGUUACUUAUUGUUAUCAAAUUCUCCGAGGGUGAGUUUACCAAACCUACGCCCAAACGCAUCAUUGUGUUGUGGACAAUCCUUUUAUCGUCUUUGGUUGGAUACUCCAUCUGGAGAUUUGGAAUUCCGUGGCUGCACGGACGCUCGUCCUCAUUGCCAUCACCAGUGCACCAAACCAUACCAGAGGUGUCGCCAAUCAAAGCCUCGCACUCAACUAACAAGACUGUCAAACAUACGCAAUAAACCAUUUUGGAAGUUUUUAAAUUAAAAUA